UGCGUGACCCUUUCUGAAUGGGCCACACUUUGUAAAAGCAGCAUGUUGUGGCAGUGGGGGAGCAGAGCGAGAGCGAGGAGUAGGUUGAGUUGGCAUACGAGGACUAAAGGCGUGUUGGUCAUCUAGGCUUGCUGUUAACAGAGAGAAGUCAAUCAGCCAGUGACUCUCUUGGAAAGUGUCCAGCAGCGUCGUCUGCUCACCUGUGGUGAAGGAGCCUCUCUCUGCUACAGCGGAUCACUGCAGCCUGUAAUCUGUGUCAGAAUGUCAGGGAACUUCCUGGGGAAGUGUUUAUGUAGCAUGCUGGGCAUAGGUGCAUUUAUUGCAGGAUGCAUCUUUCUGCUUGUAACAGCUUUCCCAAUUGUCCAGAUCGCUUUAGGUGCCGUGUACAUGCACGAGUGUCCAGCAGCACCAGUUAUCCCAGUGUAUGUGAUGGUGUGUGGGAUAAUGGCCCUGCUGAUAAUGGGCCUGUUUGCUUUGCCAAAGUUCUUUUAUCCAGCAGCACUGGGCAGCAGGAUCUGGGCUCUGUGGAUCCUCAGCCUGGUCCUGUUCUUCCUCAUCUGGUUCGUCUAUGGCAGUUACCAGAUUUAUUCUGUAUAUCCACCCAACUACGCCAAGAACACCACCGACCCAAACAGCUUCAACGACAGCGUCCUCACUCCCGCUGCACCUGAUAACAACCUCGGCCUCACCUUAGAGAACCAGAACCAGAGUCUUCCAAACCUCAACCAGACCUGGAUGAUCAACACCAACCGGACUUUGAGGAAGCUGAUUCAAACUUUGGCCCUCAGCAACAUCAGCAGUGAGAUAAACAGAGAGCACCUGAACGCUACACAACUGGUGUCCACAGCAGUGCCGUACUGUGACAGGACCGUGUACCUGUUUGCUUUCUGGACCACCACACUGGUCUAUGUGUUCGCAGCAAACGUCCUGGUGACGAUCAUCUGUUUGUAUGGUUUCAUGAAAAUUACUAAUAAGUUUAUACAACUUCUGGGUAUCUGAACUGAGCCGGAUAUGAUUCCUUUCCUAAAAUAACAGUUACUCUGUAGUGGUUUUGUAGCAAAGAUGGGAAAAUGAAAACCAAAGCGUUUCAAAGGAGUUGGCACCAUCUUCUUUAGGCUGAGUGAAGCUCAAUAAAUAAUAAGGAUGCUUUGUAAUGAAAUGUCGAGAUUUGAACGUUCCACUUGUUCCUUGAGAAAUAAAGAGAAAUCAAAGAUUUGAACACUUCCCGUUCGGACGAUUGGGAAACAGAAGUUCUAUGUUGCUUCAGCACGUGUGCUGAUGUAAGUGAUUUCUACAUACAGUGCACACUACCGAUACGCCUCCACAGUUCUAAAGCAGCACAGUCAUGGGUCAGUGUAUACUUUGUACCACUCUUGUAUCAACUUAGGGAUGCUUUAUAAUGAAGGCAGGUUUGAGUUAGUUGAGCGAUAGCCGGUGUUAUUACUAUUGAUAAGAAAUCUCUGUACAAGGCUGAUUGGUAUGCAAAUAUUAUUAGUUUAGUUACAGAUUAAUGUGAGGACUUUAUCUGUAAACACAGUGUGAAAGUUACUCUUAAGGGUUAUGAAAAGUUAUGGAAGGGAAUUCCACAGGCCAACUUACGUAUUCAGACCUGUCAUUGCUCUUCUUCUCACAGUCCUGCUGUAACAACUACUAAAACUACUCCUUGAAUGACAGGAAACAAGUUCUACUUCAUUUUCACCCCUCUGUUUUCUACGACGUUGAUGAAAAACCAUCCCACGUGCCGUGCUAGGAGUGCAUGCUACAGCAGCAGCAGGGUUAGCUGCUGUGCUA